AUUCAUUCUUACCAAUUGCACAACAAUGUAUCAAUCAUCAGAAUAUCUUGACACAAAUGUGGGAGAUGAUGCAGGUUUGACUGACAUCUAUGAUUGCCGGGCUAUUGGAUUUUCAUCCAUGUUUGUGAUACCCAAGGUUUUAAGGACGAUGAAGACGACAGAAAUGUGGACAAAUUCUUCGAGGAUUUGGGAUCGGAUGCGAAGCAAAAGGUAUCGAUCUGCGCUGAUUAUUGGCCUUGACACCAAAACUCAACCAGAGAGGAAGACUGAUCUACUUGGUGGGAGCUGUAGAGAUCUGAAGACUCGUUUGGCCAUUGUUCAUCUCAGCAACCUUUGAGCUGCUUCCACCGAUCUGUGUGCUUAUGGAAUUCGAGGGGAAAUGUUACAAUAUCCAAAUGCAGGAUGCGAAAUGCCAAAGUUAUUUUUUGGAGAAAAUGCUUCGAGUGGACAAGAUAUCUUCAAGGCACAAGCGCUCCAAGAGUGAAUCCUACCAGAGAAACAGAGAAGUUGAAUUGGAGACUCUGCCUGGAUCAAUCCACCAUGCUAAGCCGGUCAUUGGAGAGUCUACCGGUGACAGUGAGAUCAGAAAUAAGCCAUUGCCUGAAGCUAGUGUCCGAAAUUCAUUGAAGUAUGAGAUUCUGCAGCUUGAGAAGCGGCUACAAGAUCAAAUGAUGAUGCGAUGUGCUUUAGAAAAGGCAAUGGGAUUUGGCUCUUCUGCAGUUUGCUCCUCAAAUGAAAGAUCAGUGCCAAAGCCUACAAAGGAACUGAUAAGGGAGAUAGCUGUAUUGGAAUUAGAGGUUAUGCAACUAGAGCAGUAUCUGUUAUCACUUUAUCGCAAGGCAUUGAAUUCCAAACCUGAGUUGCUCCACGAAUCUGCAAAACUCAGAAUCUCAUCUAAUAGAGGAAACUCAAGAGUGCAAUCUAGUCAGACAGAGCUGCCUCAGAAAUGGACUGCCGACUUGGUUAAUGAAGGUUGUGAAAUCAAGUGCCAGGAAACUCUAUUAGGUCCUGGCAUUCGUCGCAGCCAUUCUUCUCUUUCUUACCGUGCAACUUGUUCUGCUAGGAUUUCACCCUCACAAGAAAGUCUAGCUAGAGCUCUUCACUCAUUCCAUUCUCAACCUUUGUCUUUUCUCAAGGCAAAACAAAAUGUUAAUUCUGGGGUGAUCAGCUUAGCCGAAUAUCUUGAGACUGGUAUCACUGAUGAUGUUCCAGAGUCUCCUAAUAGACUUUCGGAAGACAUGGUUAGAUUAAUGGGUGCUGUUUAUUGCAAACUUGUUGACCCUCCUUUGGUUUUUCAUGGCUUUUCAUCUUCUCCGGCUACGUCCUCCUCAUCUAUGAGUGCACUAUCUCCCCACUAUCCCGGAGAAUUGUGGAGUCCUGGUUAUAAAAGGGAAUCUAAUCUAGAUUCUCGCUUGAUAAAUCCUUUUCAAGUUGAAGGACUGAAAGAAUUCAGUGGACCAUACAACGCAAUGGUGGAGGUGCCUCUUAUUCGUAGAGACCGUCAAAGACUGAGGGAUGUUGAAGACAUGCUACAUAACUACAAGUUAAUCCUUCAUCGGUUGGAGAUAGUUGAUCCAAGGAAGUUGAAAAAUGAUGAAAAGCUUGCCUUUUGGAUAAACAUACACAAUGCUAUAAUCAUGCAUGCAUACGUCGAAUAUGGAAUUCCCGAGGGGAAUGCGAAAAAGACUUCUUUGUCGAUCAAGGCUAUGUGCUCCAUAGGUGGUCGUUCUGUAAAUGCAGCUAUGAUACAAACUUAUAUUCUUGGGUGCAGGACACACUAUACUGGGCAGUGGCUUCGGACAUUGCUCUAUCCAAGGUUGAAGCACAAGGCUGGAGUCCAAUGGAAAUCCUACGCAAUUGAACAACCAGAACCUCUUCUACACUUUGCACUUUGUUCAGGCAGCCAUUCUGAUCCCGCGGUUCGAAUCUAUUAUUCAGAUCGAUUGUUCCAGCAGCUAGAAUCAGCAAAGGAAGAUUACAUUCGUGCCACCGUUGGUAUUUGGAAGGAACAGAAGAUCCUUCUUCCAAAGCUCAUAGAUUCAUAUGCCAAGGACUCAAAACUAAGCUCUCAAAGAUUGGUGGACAUGGUUCAGUGUUACCUUCCUGAGACUCUUAGGAUGGCCAUGCAGAGAUGCCAAAAUGGCAGAUCCAAGAAGACCAUCGAGUGGGUUCCCCACAUCUUCAGUUUCAGAUACCUGCUCUCAAAAGAAUUGACAAGUUACAGCAGAUAGAAAGAGACUUAAUAAUCAGAUUUGGCUGCCAUGAGUGAGCUGAUGGUUCCAUUACUUUGUUUCUUCUUCACAGGAAAAAGGAGUUGGCAAAUUUGUAUAUGGAGGUUGCAAUGUAAUUUACAUGUGUAUGUACAGUCCAAAUGAACCUUGAUCAACAAGGUCUAGUGAGUUUGCCUUUCUUUUUUUCUUUUGAGGAAAUUGCAUAGAUUGGACUGAUUAGUUUCAAGAAAUGUUGGAGUUUUACA